AUGGCUAAGGCCCUGACGGUUCCGAUCAUCUUUGCACUGAUCGCACAAGCGAUCUCCGCAAAGAAUGCGACGACGAGCAGCUGCACAAGAAGGCUUUCCCAAACGUGCCCCAACUCAACGAGACCGGCUUCACAGAGCCCCUGCACAUCGGUGAGCCGGCGUCCAUCGAGCGACAAAUGCUGCUGUCCCGACGCAGAUCCUGUGAUAUGGUCCGACGCGCAGGCCAAAUGCACGGAGCCACAGGCGUGCAUCUACUCAUGCUGUCCGGGUGGGACACGAUAUUGCGACGGCAGCUGCUGCACCGGGGCUUGUGGGCUUGUUGCGGGCAACCUGAAGCUUCACUGUUGCGUCGAGGAGGGCAGCAGUGAUUGUUGCGCCGACCACCGCUCUGGCACCCACUGCCAGACCGGCCGGGCGUGUUGCCUGGAGAGCCUGGACCCGAAGUGCCUGGAGGUGGCCGGCAAGUGUCCGAAGCCACCCUCGCCAGACACGGUUCUCAUCGUCACUGUCGUCGUCGGGGUCCUCUUUGCGGUGCUGGCCUCCAUGGCUUUGGCCAAGCGCUGCUUCUGGCGCACAGCGAGGCAACUGCCAUCCUUUUCGGAGUUGUCUUUGCCAAUGCGAGGUCCUCGAAACGGCCGGCAGGAGUCAGAGCCAUCAGAGUCAGCGGCUACGCAGACGACGGGUAGCAGCGGUGGGCCGUGUUUCCGCUGCAACUCCGUAAAUCCUGGCCUAUUGGUACAUUGCGGCAUUCCAUGCCGAAAUCAUGCACAGCGCAGGCCCAUCUGCCAUCGCUGUUUGGUGCAGAAUGACCGAUGCAGCCGAUGCCGAGAAAGAAUGAUGGUUGACGAGGUUCUGCACGAUGCAUCCAGUACAUCGAGUCCUUCGUAA